AUGGAAUCAAAGCGAAGUCGCAAGCAGCGUUCCGACCUCAAUGGAGCUCAAGUUGACGCCCUUCUAUAUUCUGAAUAUGGUCUCAAGAUACUAGCCCACCUGGAGCGCAGUGUCUUGGACGGCCUUCCGCAACAGUCCUUCAAAUCAGAUGUUAUUUCCUACUAUCGAGACGAGCUCGGCAAAGCGGUUUCCGUGGGCGAAAUCGAGAGCAAGCUCCAGAUGUUCUGGUCAAAGUGGUGCCCCAAUGGGAAAAACCCGACGCGAUGGAGAGAAAUCUACGGUCUCGGACUCAAAGGGCUGCCUCGUCUUGAACAAGAUAAGGCAGAAUGGGUGAGGAAGAAAGUAGUCGAGUUACAAAGUAAAUACGGAGCUCUACGCCGCCUGAGGAGUGCUUCGGCAUUGCCAUCGACUCCCCAAAGCACACCUAAAAGACCAUCAGACCGUCUAGUCGGAGAUCUGGCGAACGAGCGAGCUCAAGGACGUCGGCAACAUGAUGGACCUCCCAAACGAAAGAGAAAAAGGAAGAGGCCAGCAUCAACGGUAGGCUACCAGCCAUCUUGCCCCGAGGCUGUCCUUCUCAUGUAUUGA